AUUGUCACUCGCCAUCCACUCGCCGCUCUCAGCCUUCCCCUAAUGAGUGCGCCUCCCUCCUCCGUGCAGCAGCGUGCCUCUGCCAGAGCCGCUGCGUCAUGACGUCGUCGCCUCCCACUAGCCCCGCCCUAUCGCACAUUAGCCCCGCCUGCUCGUGCGUGGGGUUUCCCGGCGCUGUCCGCAGGGUUACCGCGCCCAUCUCUGCUCGAUGGCUGAAGUGAUCUGAGGGGGACGGCGGUUUUGAGCGCGUUGUGUUUUUUUUUGUCCCUCCCCCGCCCCCCUCCCGUAUCAGUCUUCGGCGGCAGUGCGGGCUGUGCCACACCACAACCACCAAGGAGGGGGAACCCAACCGGCAACCGAGGAGAACCGACAGAGAGGAAACAGCCGCCCGCCCGUCCUCCCUCCCGUCACCGCCCAGCACGUCUCCUGCUCCCCUCAUCCUCCCCGUCCCCCCCUCCCCCUCCCUCCUCCGGCCGCCCUUCACCUCCCAAACGCCCUCCUAUAGUCUCGGAACACGCUGUGGGCCUCCGGGGGGAAAAAGGAAGGAAAGGAAGGAGGACUCCGGCCAUAGCGGAUCGCAGCCCUUGGGGCACGAAGACAACAGGCCGAGGAAGGGGCGAGAAGAUAGCCGUGGAUGGUCACACAUUGGCUGGACAGCAGAACUGAGUGUUGGUGGUAGAGAAGCUUCAUCUUAGAGAAGAACCAUGAGUGAACUUGAUCAGCUACGCCAGGAGGCCGAGCAACUCAAGAACCAAAUCAGAGAUGCCAGAAAAGCAUGCGCAGAUGCCACUCUGGCUCAGAUCACCGCCAAUAUUGAUCCCGUAGGUCGAAUUCAGAUGCGCACUAGACGUACACUGAGGGGCCACCUUGCGAAAAUCUAUGCUAUGCACUGGGGCACAGAUUCCAGGCUGCUAGUUAGUGCCUCCCAGGAUGGCAAGCUUAUCAUCUGGGACAGCUACACCACAAACAAGGUUCAUGCAAUUCCCUUGCGUUCAUCUUGGGUGAUGACAUGUGCUUACGCUCCAUCUGGAAACUAUGUGGCUUGCGGUGGUCUUGAUAACAUUUGUUCAAUUUACAACCUGAAAACCCGUGAAGGAAACGUGAGAGUGAGCCGUGAAUUGGCUGGUCACACAGGAUAUCUGUCCUGCUGUCGCUUUCUGGAUGAUAACCAAAUAAUAACCAGCUCUGGAGAUACCACUUGCGCUCUUUGGGACAUUGAAACUGGUCAGCAGACAACCACCUUUACUGGACACACUGGGGAUGUAAUGAGCCUGUCCCUUGCUCCAGAUUCCAGGUGCUUUGUGUCUGGGGCCUGCGAUGCCUCAGCCAAACUUUGGGAUAUCCGAGAAGGGAUGUGCCGACAGACCUUCACCGGCCAUGAGUCUGACAUAAAUGCUAUCUGUUUCUUCCCCAAUGGUAAUGCUUUUGCCACUGGCUCAGAUGAUGCCACAUGCAGGCUCUUUGACCUUCGUGCAGACCAGGAGCUGAUGGUUUACUCUCAUGACAAUAUCAUCUGUGGCAUCACCUCAGUAGCAUUCUCAAAGAGCGGACGCCUCCUGUUAGCCGGUUAUGACGAUUUCAAUUGCAACGUCUGGGACACGCUUAAGGCCGACAGAGCAGGUGUCCUUGCUGGUCACGAUAACCGUGUAAGUUGCUUGGGAGUGACAGAUGAUGGCAUGGCAGUGGCAACAGGGUCAUGGGACAGCUUCCUCAAGAUUUGGAACUAAAGUCUACACCCAGCGGACUUCUCCAUGACUGGAAGAGCAUUCCAACCUUCGAAAUUUUAAAUCAUAGCAUAUCCGAUCCAACCAUACUAACGUGGACACCCACUCUCCCUACUCCCAUACAUCAAAGGGCAGAACCUCUCCUCUCAUUUUUGCUGAAAACAAGAGCACAAUUAUUUGCUAUAGAAAGAAUUGUUUUGUGGUUCUGAAACCGAGAAUUGUGCAUUCCUUUUGGGACCAUUUCUUUAUAAUUUUAACUUGUUUUUUCUUUACUUUUUUUUUGUCAUCCCCUAUGUUCACCUUUUUUUUUGUCUUGAAUAAUUAUACAAAACACUAUGCGCCGUAUGAGAUAACCAAGAAAUAGCUAUACCAAGCGUAAAGUCCAUUUCAUGAUUGUUAAUCUGAAGGUUCUAGAGCAGAGUCUGGAUUUCUUCAUUAUCUUAAGGCCGGAUGUUAAUGUGAGAACUGCAGUACAGGAUUGUAAAAUAACAGUUAACAGGUUUUUUUGUCUUUUUUUUUUUUGUCUUUUUUUUUAUUUUAUUUUUUGCGCCCCCCCCUCUUUUAUGGUCCAUUAAGUGAAGGUGGGAUGUGAUAGACAUGUGGGCCUGUUAAAAUGCUGUAAACUGUCCCUGUAUUGUCUAUUUUGAAAACAAAUCUGUUGCACAGGUACAGAACCGUAUGAACAUUAAAGAGCAUAUUAGACAUCCUCAUGCCCUCCAUGUAAUGGUCAUAUGUACAAUCUGUCAACCCUCCCCGGGUAGGUUGCUCCAGUAAUUGAGUUACUUUUGAGCACCAACUGCUUGGGAAAUGUUAGUAACCCAAUGCCUGGAGUGCCUUUAGAAUCUUGUCAUCCUAAAAUAUUGACCGUCCAUGUUGGGACUCUGCAACAGAUGCGACUGGAGUGUUGGAAGGACUCGGUUAACCAUGUACAGUUCUUUGUACCACCGAUGCCAAUGAACUGUGUUCUGUUCUAUGAAUGCAUCUACACCACUCCACCUUCUCCUCUUGCACCCAACACACUAUUAGAACUCCUUCAGGGAUCGAGAGCAUGCAAGAUUGCGGAGCAAUGUUCAGCUCACCCUUUGCUACUGAGGUUAACCCAUAGUUCUUGUUUAUAUAUAUGUGUAUAUUUUAUUUUUUUCUUCUGGGUUGGGGACAAGAUUUAUUUCCCUUUUUUUAGAGCUGGCAGCAUCCAUAGUUAUAUUGCAAAGCGCCUACAUCAAGCACCAGUCAUGGUUUAGCAUGCUCCUUUUUGAGCAAAGACAUGUACUUCUAGAUGGGCAUCUAGUAGUCUUGUUGGUGCAGUAUGCUGUUGGCAGAUUUUUUUGUUAAUUUUGUCCUACACAUGUCAAAUCCUUUAUUCGCCUAAGAAAAAAAAAUACAUUCAGACCCACAUCCCCUCCGUACACUUGUUCAGUUAACACUGGGAAGCGAGAAUGAGACAUACAAGGGUAUAUUUCGUGAACACUACCCUGGGUUCCGUACUGAUAGCUUAGGAGCAGCAGCCGUGGACAGAAGUACAUGUCUGUACUCUUUGGAUAUAAAGUCAGAUGUGUAUGAAAUGAUGUACAAAUUAAUGUUUUUGAAAAUAAUGAUCUUGAACUUUCGAAGUUAAAACUUCAGAAAGCUUUUAUUCUUCUGUUGGCGGGGUGGGGUGGGGGUGUGUUUGCCAUAGGGAUGGGUUUUCCUCUUAAGAUUGCAUGCUGUAGAGUUGCUUAAUAAUGUGCAAAUAGAGAAUCCUUAGAUGGUUUUUUUUUUUUGGUUUUUUUUCCGUUUUUCUUCAUUUUAAAAAAUAACCUGUUUAAAAAGAAUGAAAUAACUAUUGCGGUUGUGCUUUUUUUUUUUUUUUUUUUUUUUUUAUAUAUAUAAUCACAGCUACUCUUAGGUAUCCAUUUUCGAAAAAAAUAAAAUGAAAAUAAAACAUUCAGUGCAAAAAAUGAGCACUUUGACGAGUAGCUUAAUUCACUUUUUUUUUUUUAAAACAAAUAAAAAAAACAUCCUGUUCAAACGAUUGCAUAAAAUCAAUAAAAAACAAACGAUUUUUCAGGAAGGGUUGGGAAAUGUGACAUUAAACUUUACCCUGGUUUAAGUUGAUGCUUCUCAGCCUGUUCUUGUAGAAAGAGGAUCUUGCAUCUGAUUUGUUUUGUUCUUCCAAGAACAGCUUUCCCUUCUAUUUCCCUCCCUGUUCUGUUCAAACCGAUCUGUUACUGUAAAGAUCUGGAAACCAAUACACAGGAACUCCACCUCUGUUCCACGGUCUGUGCAGUAAGAAAAUAUCUCACUUUUUUUUUCUUAUUUUUAAUUUCAUUAGCUUCUUCCUAAUUGUAUAUGAUCGAUACUCAACCUUUAGCAGUAGAGGCUUUUUAUUUUUAUUUUUUUCUCCUCUUUCUGUACAAAAAAAAGUGCUGUAAUUGUGCGUUAGGCCGGGAACUGGCAAAGAUGCCCCGCCCACUUCAUGCAUAAAUUACUAUGUAGAGCUCUCUUGCACCCCCUACUCCCUUUCACCUUUUGUAUUUAAUUUUAAAGUCAGUGUACUACAAGAACGCUGGAUGCAAGAUAGAUACUAUAUUAAAAUGUACUGUUAUUUAAGAUGUAAUAAAGCAGUUUGACAUGA